GACAGUUGAUGACGUCGUCUGGAAGAUUUCAUCUUCAUCUUGUUCUUGGACCGUAAUUCUCAUAUCAGAAGCCGAAAUUUUGAAAGAUCUUGUCACGAAAUAGUUGGCAGAAAUCUUCCAGGAUGGGACUGAGAUAUCUAAUUUUUGUUUCUUCGUUGAUGCUUUUCUUGGUAGUUACAUGCUCUGCUCAAACUCCAACAGAAGCACCUAGUGAUGCAACUACACUCAAUAUGACCACACCAGAAGUGGGACCUACCGAAAAUAUGACAACAGCGAAGGAACCUGACACAGCCGCUGCCAACGACUCCACAACCACAAAACCCAAUACCGAAGCACCAGCACCUGACAAAUCGUCAACCGAGGCACCGACCACCAAAGCACCCAUGACUGAUUCACCGACAGAGAGCCCUGCUGCUGGUACCACCGACAAGGCAGCGGAUAGCGGUAGCAGAAAAGGUUUUAGUGCCGGUAGUUUCAUUGGCGGUAUCAUCUUGGCUGUAGCAGUUCUUGGUAUUGGAUUUUGCGGAUUUAAAUUCUAUCAGUCAAGACAGGAUAAGAAUUACCAAACACUAUAGACACAAACAACACCAAAGACUACCUUUUUCUUAUCUUUUUACUUUCUUUUAAUAGAUGUUGUGUAAUUUAUAACAACUCCGGAGGGAGGGAGCGGGAGGGGAGGGGGGUGUUGCAUUUUUGCCCAAGUAUGGGGUAUUCUUGUCAGUUAAAACUAUUCAUAUCAAGGUUUGUGAUUUUGUCUGUCAGAUUUUCAGAGAUAUUUUUGAUGGUGGUUUGUUUGUGAUGAUAAAUCUGGUGAUUAUUUGAUGUCCAUUGCCUUUCAUUAUUAUACACAUAGUGAUUGAUAUUUCAAAGUGAAUGUGGUGAAUCACAUCAUACAUGUAUCUUUAUUUGAGGUCGUCAAAUGUAUUCUUGACAGAACAAAUGUUAUAGUCAAGUGGUUUAAGCACUGGACUUCAGGUUUCUCCUCCCAUAGAAAGUGAUUACAGAGACCCUGUACUUGCAGAUGUGGCCUGGAUAUUGCUGGUAACCAAACUAUUAUAAUUCGUGAAGUUGUUUUGUUAGAACAUAUGAUUGUGUUCCUGAACAGAAAAAGACAAUGUUCAAUACAAAACCAUUGCAUGUAUUAGUACGGAAGAGAAUAAUUGAAAUUGAUGGCCACUAGAAUAAGGUAAAAUAGACCCAAUGGAUUUGGUACAUGGAAUCAUUUGAUGCAUGUUAACAUGUAAAUUUACCUUUAGUAAGACUUCCUUAUAUAUACACUAUAGUGUACAUUUACAUGUACACAGGGUGAACUUAUUCUUUAUAAAGAUACUCUUGACAUGUACAUGUAUGUGUACACUAUUGAUCUAGUGGAUAUAAUUGGGUAGAUUUCUAUUGGUAUCAAAGUUUGUGGGCUCUUGAAUACAUAGCAAUUAUGUUAUCCUCAAGCUUGAUUCUUGUCCGCAUGUUUGCAAUCUGAAGUGGUGGAAUUUCAAUGGUUCUCCCAAAGCUAUUUUGUGAACCUCUUUUUGAUGCAAAAUUUUGUAUAAUGUGUAAUUCUUUUUACAUGGCACAAGAGGCUUACCCCCCACCCCAUCAAAACCAAAUGCACACACUCAAUACACCACACACUAUCCGAUCCCUACAUGUAUGAAUGAUGAUGCGGAAGUAAUUUGCCUUCAAAAGAUUUUGAUUGGCUCAUUUAACAGGCUUUCAGUCCUAUUUAGGUGGCAGUCCUGAUUUUUUGAAGAAUUUUCAUGUCUUAGAAAGUAGAUCUGUAGAUCAUAAUGAUGACACUGUUUUUAAUGUAUGUAUGUGAUUUUUGCAUACAGUGUAAUUUAUUGUGGCCAAGACGAGAGUGAUACUAAAAGUUGGUUGUUGACAUGAUUGGGGUGUCAUGUUUCACGCAUGAAAUUGAUGCUUGGUUGAAUAUUUAAUUUUAUACAAAUUUGUAAUUUUGUAAAUUGGAUUGCAUGUAUUUGCAGGCUUCCAUUAAUCGUUAGCAUACAUGUACAACCUAUGUAGAUUGCCUCAUUUGUGCUUGAAAUGUGUCAAGCUCAAAAGUGGGGACAAAUAAAAAUCAAUAAAUUCAUCACACGCUUGCUUUGUGGCCCACAGUAGAACAAAUAAAAUUGGCUGUCUUUGAUAUCGACAGAUGUUCUUUUCCCCAGUGUUUCUGACAGCAUUAUGAUUUGCUUUUCAAAUGAAUGAUUUUGAUUGAAAUCUUUGUCUUUGCAAUAGUGAUAUCCCUUGUGGUAGAACUGUGAAUUCAGAGAGAAAUGAUAUUUUAUGUUUGAAAAAAUCAGUAUGACAGAAGCUAGAAUCUUUGUCACUCUUAAAUAUAUUUUUAAGAAUUUCCCUUUUUUUGAGGGGGUGGUUAUUUGGGGUUCAAUAGUUCAUGUUCCUAUCUAGACAUUUUAAAGGAAUACAUAAGAUUUUUCAUAGAUCACUUCGUAUUAUGAUAUUUCAAAUUAAUUUUAGUCUAACACCGAUUUCAUGUAAUUUAAUGAUUUGAUGGGGCUUAAGAAGGGUUGUUUUUUUUUAUUUUAAAAAUGUAAAUAAUCCUUUCUGAAAUAAUAAAGUUGCAAUAUAAUUAUGAAUAUUAUAAAUGAAUUUUGAUAAUGAUAGAGUUUGUACUUAAUUAAACUAAUUAAGUUAAUGCAUAUAUGUGUUAUAAUUGAAAUAAUACAUCGUCAUUGAGGUUUGAUGAAACACAUGAUUCAUCAAGUUCUAGAAGAUGAGGACCAAUGUAUGUCCUACAUUGUUCUCAUAAUUACUGUAUACUAAUAUAUCAGUGCAUUCAUUACCAUUUCCUUUGAUACCCUAUGCUUUAGUUGGGAUAUAUGAUAUUAGAAUGGAUCUAUUCCUGGCUGUCAAGAGAUUCCUAGAUUACACAGUGUUGGCAUUGACACUAAUUGCAAUCACAUGUAGUGUAUACAUGUAUCUGCAGCAUAAUUUAUGCAUGAUCUGCUUUAUAUACGAAACAAUAUUUUAAUUGCAUUAUAGUCCUUGGCUGAAGCAUAAUAUGUACAUAAACUGUACAUUUAUGUCUUUUUAUAUUGACACAGCAUUGCUUCUUAUUAAUAAAUCAUUCAAAGAACUUGUGUCCUUUAUAUUGAAAAUAUAAUUGUGAGUUGUGUGUAGAAGUCUUGCAGGAAUGUCAUGCCAUAUUCCUGAUGUUAAAGCUAAAAGGCUUCUUCCAUUUUAUAUUACAUAUACAGAGAGUUAUAUCAAGUGUAGUUGCAAAGCUAUACUUCCAGUUUGAAAGGCUUCACUUUUCCUUUCAAUUAUUAACAGAGAGAAUAUGAUAUUCAGUACAAGUUACAGCUACUACUGUAGCUUAUGUACAUGUAGUUGCUUAUCAAUAUACUUAUGUGUGACAUUUGAUUUAAAUGAAAAUAGGAAUUAAUGAUGAAAGGAAUCAUUCUAUAAACAAAUACAGGAAUUGGUCAGGGACACAGCUAGCUGAUAACAAUUUGUGCUACUCCACUCAUUUAUAUUUUGGAAAGCCAAUAAUAUUUUACUUCGUCAUCUACAUACAUGUAUAUGUAAGUGUGGUAAACUUGUAUU